AUGACUCGAACCGGCCCCUAUAUCGAGACGGACGCCAUCGUCAUCGGUGGUGGCUUUGGAGGAUGCAACUCUCUGUACAAGCUGCGCAACUUGGGAUUAUCCGUGAAACUCAUCGAGGCCGGUGGUGCCUUCGGUGGCGUCUGGUACUGGAACCGCUAUCCUGGAGCUCGCGUUGAUACUGAGAUGCCCUCAUAUCAGUUCAACAUUCCUGCCGUCUAUAAAAGGUGGAACUGGUCUGAGCGAUUCCCCGGCGACGAGGAACUGCGCCGAUACUUCAAACAUGUCGAUGACGUGCUUGGUCUCAGUGAGGAUACCUUUUUCAACACGAUUGUCACACGUGUGCAGUACGAUACCACUUUGCGCCGGUGGGUUGUGCUCACCAAUACCGGACUCACUGCCCGCUGCAAGUAUCUCGUCGCUGCGACCGGAUCGUCGUAUAAGAAGCACAGUCCUCAAUUCAACGGACUGGAUAAGUAUGCGGGACGGCUUGUGCACUCUGCCGAUUAUCCCGAGUCCUUGGACGUGAAGGGAAAGCGCGUCGGCAUUGUCGGCAACGGUGCCUCGGGCCUUCAAAUCGUGCAGAACCUCGCCAAAGAGGACUGUGAACUAAAAGUGUUCAUCCGGACACCUUGCUUUGCAAUCCCCAUGAAGCAGCGCAACAUCCUGCCCGACGAAGCCGAGAUGAUGAAGGGCUAUUACGACGGCAUCUUCGACCGCUGCUACAAAUCCACCAGUGGUUUCCCGCAUAACACUCGCUUCCAGUCGGCGCUCCAGGCCAGCCCCAAAGAGCGAAAAGAAUUGUUCGACGAACUCUGGGCCCGUGGUGGAUACAGCUUCCUUGUUUCCAGUUACUACGAUUUCCUGUUGAACGAAGAAGCAAACUCGAUUUUCUACGACUACUGGGCUCAGCAAGUGCGCGCUCGCAUGACGGAUCAGAAGAAGAUGGAUCUGGUUGCUCCGCUGAAACAGUACAUGCUGGUAGGAACGAAGCGCCCUAGUUUGGAACAAGACUACUACGAGAUGAUUGACCAGCCCAACGUGGCUUUGCACGAUCUGAAAAAGUCUCCCAUCAUCGAAUUCGAUUCCACUGGCAUCGUGACGGGUAAUGGUGAGACCACAGAGCACCACGAUCUGGACAUCAUGAUCUUGGCCACGGGCUACGAUGCUGUCACUGGCAGUAUCCUGGACCUGGGUAUCACCGACAAGAAUCAAAUUCCUCUGUCCGAAAAGUGGAAGAACGGCGUCUUGACCAAUCUGGGCAUUAUGAUCCCCGAUGUUCCUAAUCUCUUCAUGGUCUACGGACCCCAGGCCCCGACAUCCCUGGCGAACGGGCCGCCUUUCAUCGAGAUGGAAGUUGACUGGAUCUGCAAAGCCAUCCAGAAAUUGCAAACGGAGGGACUCGAGUCCGUUGAGACUACACAAGAGGCUGCCGAGAGGUGGAAAGAGCAUGUUGUUUCCGUCAGCCAGCACACACUUUAUCCCAAGACUGAUUCGUGGUAUAUGGGUGCCAAUAUUCCUGGCAAGAGAAGGGAACCUCUCAUUUAUCUUGGUGGUAUGCCGCGUUGGUGGCAACAGUGCACGGAUGCUUUGGAGCAAUGGGAGGGAUUUCACACUUCAUCUUGA